CUUAUAUAAAACUGCAUUUCUCCUGCAAGCCUCUAGUGUCACUGACGAAAGGUAGUGAAUGCUACUUGAAACGUCUGACCGUUGCCAAAAUCAUAUCCAGUUGCUUGAGCGACUGUUUUUGGAGUAUUUCGGAUUGUACGUGCAACCUUCAGUCUACGGUGACUAGUCUACGAUCCACACUGACGAUGCUGCCCGCCAUUUUCUCAGUCUCCCUCCUGUUGGUGAUAACCAGCGCUGCUGCCGGCCCUCCCACCACCUUCGUCUGGCCCACCAAAACCACCAGCCCGACUCUGCCCACCAAAACCACCAGCCCGACUCUGCCCACCAAAACCACCAGCCCGACUCUGCCCUGUCGGGACUACCUGAGGUUUACCUGCCCGCACCUGAACUGUCCGGACGCCGUGCCUCACAACUACGCCAGAUGUCUGUGCGGGUACUGUCCUAACGGUCCGUUGACCACCGCGCCGACUACCGCACAGAACCCCAACUCAAGCCACGACGGCUCCUGUGCCGAAAACUAUGCGAGCCCAGAAGUCGGUGACGUAUUCCACUGAGCCCUUGACGAUAUGGGAUUGGUCGGGGACCAUGCCCACCGCCGCCCCCAGGACCACCCCCACCACCACCACCAUGCAUAUGGGGACCCGUGGUGGGUAUUGUUCGGGUCCACCCCCAUGACCAUCCUCGUCCCUACAACAACCACAACCCC